AUGGGUGAUGUAGUCAAUGGUAAAAAAUUAUAUAUGAAGUUGUGCGCUUCAUGUCAUACCACGGAAAAAGGUGGAAAACAUAAAAUAGGUCCUAACCUGCAUGGUAUCAUGGGUAAAAUUUCUGGAACUAAUCCGGGAUUUAAUUUUUCGGAGACUAUAAAAGAAAAAGCUAUUAUAUGGGAUGAGAAAACUUUGAAUGACUAUCUCGAAUUUCCCAAAAAAUUUAUCCCGGGAACAACAAUGGUAUUCUAUGGCGUCAAGAAGGCUGAAGAUCGAAAAGAUUUGAUCGCUUUCUUAGCUAGUUUAAAGUAACGUUUUAAUAAAACAGUACGUGCAGCAAUUUUGCAGCACCAAUCCUACAUGCAAACCAAAAGGAUAUCAGUGUUAUUGUUAUUAAAAACAACAAAAUACCUGAAUAUCUGGAUGAUUUCCUAAGACAGAAAGUGCAAAGCUUGAACCAGCUGCCGUAGUAUCAUGACCCU